AAUAUUUCACCCGCGUCAAUAAGAGGCAGCGGCAGCAGGGACAGCAGCUGCAGCAGCACUCCAGCCCAUAGCUCACAGCAGUCAGGUCCCAUCCGUGCAACCACCAUGGACGUCUUUAAGAAAGGCUUCUCCAUUGCCAAGGAAGGUGUUGUGGGUGCCGUGGAGAAGACCAAGCAGGGAGUGACAGAGGCAGCUGAAAAGACCAAGGAGGGGGUCAUGUACGUGGGUACCAAAACCAAGGAGAAUGUGGUACAAAGUGUAACCUCAGUGGCCGAGAAGACCAAGGAGCAGGCCAAUGCUGUGAGUGACGCUGUGGUCACCAGCGUCAACACGGUGGCCACCAAGACCGUGGAGGAGGCAGAAAACAUCGCGGUCACCUCUGGGGUGGUACGAAAGGAGGACUUGGAACAACCUGCCCCUGCACAGGAACUGGAGGCCAAAGAGCAAGAGGAGGAUGAAGAGGCCAAGAGUGGAGGAGACUAGAAAGCCACCAGUCAGCCACAGAGGCCCAAGGGACACCCCCCUCUCUCUCUCUGCCUUGGACCCUGUCCCAACCAGAUACACUGAGUGCCCUGCCUAGAGUGCCCUGCAGGUUGCUCACAUUCUCUGCUCCCCAGCCCAGUGCCACAAGGCUGUCUACGCACGCUACUGCCAGCGCCAGCGCCCCCUGCUGGCUCCUUCUGCCCUAUGGUCCCCCUGAUCACAGAUUGGAUGCUGCUGUGGAUUUUUUUUUUUUUUUUAAAUGAUUCCAAAUAAAAUCUGAGCUCCACUCC